AUGCCUGUUCCCUGCUCUAUCCUCGCCAUGGCGCCGUGUCCCUGCUCCCUCAGUUACAGAAAGUGGCCGCCUCUCUGCUGCUGUCGACCCAAAGCUCAUAGACUCACUCGUUGCCUAGACCCGCCAUCUUGGAGUCAGAGAACUGAGAGUCGGCAGCAGCUACGAGAGAGCGCAAAAGGGGGACACGGGGCCAAGGUGAGAAAGUGUUUUGGAGGUAAUGUGGUGAGGGAGCUAUGGGGUAAGAUGGCCGGGAGGGAGAAAGAAUUAGAUCGCGGGGAUCCGAAAACAGAGGCUUCUGAGACGACCCUCGUGCCUAUUCAAGGGGACGGAGAGGUGCUGGAAAGAUUCCUAGGCCUCGCUGUAACAAGCCAAAGUUGCUUUCCCCGAAAAUGAAUUGUAUUACUAAAAUACUCAUAUGUCCAGGGAAGGUGGUAGCCUUAAAGGGGCAGAACCCAUUUGAAUAACUCAAGAGUGAGUGGGAACUUCAUACCUAAUUAAUUCCAAUGACCAUAAACGCACCAAGAUUGACAGUUAGCCAUUCAAAUGUAACAAAGGCCGGGUUUCCAGACAAUCAAAAAUGUCAAAGUUAGCCUGCUCUUUGAAUAGGAAUUCGGCUGGCCAAUGCCUAUUCUAACCACAACAUGUUACCUUGCUAACGUAGCUGCAUACCUUGACCCUUGAUAUACAUGUCUAUCGUGUGUUGUGUAGGUAGCUAGCUAACGUUAGCCAGCAUGCUAGCUUGUCAUACAAGGUUAGCUGGCCCGAGCUAAUGCUAAGAGCUAACAGGCUAAGGUUAGUAAGCUAAAUAACGGUAGUAUCGCACUUGCAGGCUAAACGUUCAUUUAGCAUUAGCUAGCCAGCUAAUUCACCGUUCAGUUCGACAGCUAGCUAGCUAGCUAGCUAAUUUAGCUGAACAUUCAUCAGUUGUGCUUUGCUCUGAGUGUUAACUGGCAGGCUAGCUACAUUGUAGUACAGUGGCUUGAUUCCCUUUGCAGACACCUGCUCUCAUUAUCACUCAAUCCUCUCUAUGAUUGAACCAUUAAGUAAAGCUAUAAUAACCCACAUUUUCCCACACCUGCAAUAGACAUACAAAGGAUCCACCUGAAUAAAACAUGAAUAAUCUGUUAUAUAAGUUACCUAAAUGUCUAAUUCUCCCUACAGGGUAGUGAGAAUCAAAGUAUUUACAUCCAGAUAGAGAUGUUAUGUGGCAUGAACCUCUUACUCCUGUGGGGAUUUGUGGACACAAUUUCAAACUAGUUGUGACCAUUUAAUGAGUCCAUAGGUCAGGUUAGUUCAGGGUUGGGGUCAAAGAGCACCCCAAAGUCCCUUCCCCAAGCUCAGACUUAGGGUCUUGAAACAUUAAAAACAAAACAUGCCUAUAACUUGAACAUAUUUAGACUCAAUUUCCUCCUAUAUGGACUGUUCAACAAAUCUAAUCAGUUCAACAUAAGCUCUUUCAAUCUGGUACAUGAAAGUGCUUGAAGGUCCACAGUGGGAAUACGUUGAUUAGUUGAUUUUGACAGCUUUGAUUGGUGUUCUGCAGUGUGUGACUUGUGGAUCUUUCUCUCAGUUUCAGGCCUUUUCACAUCUUCUGAACUGACAGUUGUGAUUGGAGAUAAUGAGAUAAUCCAUAUCCCACAUUAGAAAGGUACCAUUGUCUUGUUAAUUUCUGCACAAACAUAAUGUCAGUGUUAUGUUGCAUGCAAAGACUAGCUGUUAGGAGACGACAUGGAGGUCCUGACUGCAAAACACAAUACAAUAAUCUUUAGCUCUAAUAUUACAACUUCCGCUCUACCCCAUGUUGUUUCUCUCUGUCUUCUCACUCUCUCUCCAUCUAAACCCCUACCUCUCUUUUCUCCCUCUUCCUCUCCCCCCCUCUCUCCCCCUUUCUCUUUUUUGUCCUCCUCUCUCUCCCUCUCUCCCUCUCUCCCAUCCUCUCCCCACCCUCUCUCCCCCUUUCUCUUUUUUGUCCUCCUCUCUCCCCCUCUCUCCCCUCUCUCCCUCCUCCUCCUCCUCUCUCCCCUCCUCUCCUCCUCUCUCCACCCUCUCUCUCUCCCAGUGAGUAUCCCUGCCCAAUAGGACCUAAAGGUCUCAGUCCUCCAUGGCGUCUGGGGCUGGGCAGGCAGAGGCCGACGAUGGGGCAGCAUGGUCGUCAUCAGGCCUGGCCAAGCCUCUUCACUCCAGCACCUGGAGAGAUCCCUACGCCUUGACAGCUUCCUCCGCCAGACCGCCUCGUCUUCACAGGACUAUCCGGUAAAGGACUUAUAGCCCCAUGGUGUCAUAUACCCACAAACAGCGGAACAGGGACAUAGUUCCAUGUUUUCCACAUUCCUUUUUCCACAUGGGAUUUAGAACAUUAACUAAGGGCUGUUCUUCUGCCUAACCCGCCUGGUCUUGCAAACAGUAACAUCUCUCUAAGUAAGUUAUCAGUUAUAGGCCCCCUAUGGGAAAUGAAUGGUCGAAAAUAUUGGCAAUUCCGGCUGUACCCUGUAAUAGGGGAUUUUAGUGGGUGGCGUCUUUUCCCUGUAAAUGAUAACAUGUAAAUCUCUCUAAUUAGUUUAUCAAUAUAUUCGGCUCCCCUAUGGGAAAAAUGAAUGGUAGAAAAAUGAUUGGAACCAUUUCCCUGCUUGACCGCUAGGUAUUAUGGGUAUUAUGACUCAUGUGUGUACUCUAUUUACAAUGUAAUAAACAGAACAGCUAGUAAUUCAGUGUAUCAUUAGCAGCAGCUGUAAUUCUCCAUAUUCCUUUAGCAGAGCAAUAGGGUUAGUGCCUGCUCAAGGGCACCUCGACGAUUUCCACCUAGUCGGCUGCGGGGAUUAGAACCAGCGACCUUUCGGUUACUGACACAACGCUCUUAACCACUAAGCUACCUGCCGCCCCGAGAUGCGCUUGGAUACUCACUGCGUGCAGUUUGAAGGUAUACUGAAAAAAUUAAUUAAAUGCAAACAUUUAAAAGAUUUGACUGAGUUACAGUUCAUAGAAAGAAAUCAGUCAAUUGAAAUAAAUAAAUGAGGCCCUAUUUAUGGAUUUCACAUGACUGGGCAGGGGCGCAGCCUUGGGAGGACCUGGGAGGGCAUAGGCCCACCCACUGGGGAGCCAGGCCCAGCCAAUCAGAAUGAGUUUUUCCCCACAAAAUGGCUUUAUUACAGACAGAAAUACUCCUCAGAACCACCCCCCUCCUCAGACGAUCCCGCAGGUGAAGAAGCCGGAUGUGGAGGUCCUGGGCUGGUGUGGUUACACGUGGUCUACGGUUGUGAGGCCGGUUAGACGUACUGCCAAUUCUCUAAAACGAUGUUGGCUUAUGGUAGAGAAAUGACAAUUCAAUUAUCUGGCAACAGCUCUGGUGGACAUUCCUGCAGUCAGCAUGCCAAUUGCGUGCUCCCUCAACUUGAGACAUCUGUGACAAAACUGCACAUUUUAGUGGCCUUUUAUUGUCCCCAGCACAAGGUGCACCUGUGUAAGGAUCAUGCUGUUUAAUCAGCUUCUUGAUAUGCCACACCUCUGUUAGGUGGAUGGAUUAUCUUGGCAUGGAGAAAUGCUCACUAACAGGGAUGUAAAACAAUUUGUGCACAACAUUUGAGAUAAAUAAGCUUUUUGUGCAUCUGGAAAAAUUAUGUGAUCUUUUAUUUCAGCUCAUGAAAUAUGGGACCAACACUUUACAUGUUGCGAUUAUAUAUUUUGUUCAAUAUAGUUUUGUGAGCCAUUAGCUGUUCCCAUAGACUUCCAAUUAUUGUGCUAACGCUAGUUAGCAAUUGCACUAAUGCUAGUUAGCAACUUUCUUCAAACUGAACACAGAGACAUAAAUGGUAUCCAUGAGUUCAUCUGACUCUUAAAACUGCAUUAUGUAACUUUUUGGGGCGAGCCGACUAAAUUCACAUAGAAAUGUUUGUUCUAGAGCUGUCAUUAUCAUUGAAAGCAAGUCUAAGAAGCGGUAGAUCUGUUCUAUGUGCACUAUUUCUAUGCUUCCCGUAAUGUUUUGUUUUUGCGUUUCUUUUACUUUCGGUUAUGUAUACCAGCUUCAAACAGCUGAAAAGACAAUAUUGUUGGUUAUGGAAAAUAUAUUUCACAUAGGUUUAGAUGGUACAUUGAUUCUCUACACCCAUCAAACUCAGCGCUGGACCUCGAAGCCAGUUCCACUGCAUUUUUUCACUGUUCCCCUCUAAUCAGGGACUGAUUUAGACCUGGGACACUAGGUGUGUGCAACUAAUUAUCAGGUAGAACAGAAAACCAGCAGGCUCCGGACCUCGUAGGGCAGGGGUGUCACUCAUUCCAUGGAGAGCAUGGUGUCUGCUGGUUUUUGGUUGACCUGGACAACCAGGUGAGGAGAGUUCCUUACUAAUCAUUGACCUUAAUUCAUAAAUCAAGUACAAGGGAGGAGUGAAAACGCGCAUAGACUCGGCCCUUUGUGGAAAGAGUUUGACACGUGUCGUAGGGCAGGGUUUCCCCAAACUCGGUCCUGGGGGCCCCCCUUGGUGGACGUUUUGUUUUUUGCCCUAGCACUACACAGCUGAUUCAAAUAACCAACUCAUCAAGCUUUGAUUAUUUGAAUCAGCUGAUUUAAAUGUGCACCCAGGGGGGGCCCAGGCCCCUGCUGUACGCUAUACUUGCUUGUUUUGUCACAUAAACUGAAAUUACUAUUAGAAUGUUAGCAACCAGGAAAUGGCGGUGCGAUUUCUGCAUAGUGCACCUUUUUAAUUGCCAAAAUCUUGCACUAUCCCUUUAAGAUCAGUGACAAGUUACAACUUAUACUUGUAGCAAACAGAGUGAGCAGUUGUGCGAAUGAGAGCCAUGAGCACACAGCCACCAUUUGCUCCUUAUCAAUUAAAUAAUCGUAUAUUUCAGUUAUAUUUCAUGAGGUGUCAACAUUUAUUUAAUUUUCAUGCAUUUUGGAGUAGAAUGUCCUUUUUAAAAAAAGUCACCAGAAGUGACCUUCUCACAGUUGUGCUACAACAAAAUCCCCCGGGUGGGCAUCCCCCCACCCCCUUCCCACUACCUUUACCACCGCUGCUGCUGAAAUAAAUCCUAGGGGAAACGCUGUGUACAAUAUGAUUACAACACAUUACAACAGAGCAGAGAACUAUCUAGGAAUAAUACAAUGUCAUAAGCCCUGCACCUUCUCCAUGUGAGGUUAGUUUUAGUGGCCCUAGGUGUUGAUAUCUUGGGGCCCUUGCACUCCACUGUGUAAUUAAUCAAGGGGAAACUCUUGACCAAUGAUCUAAAUUCUAUUUGUGGCUAUAGGCCAGAAGGUAACGACCGCGUCAGCACCGGGGACCUCUCAGAAGCUUGAAAUAGAUGUUGUAUGUGCAUUAUGACAUGACUGGGAUGACUCUGGGCUUAUGCGUACAUGUUUGUCUCAUCACAGUGAUGACAGCGACGAUGGUGGAUUGGGGGAGGGGCCUUCCAUGGGCCCGACCAAUCAGCACGCAGCCCUGGCGAUAAAGGAGGAGUCAUGUGACCUGGAGGAGGAGGGGCUUGUUACCGAGGGCAACCCCCUCAACGGAGCUCUAUCACAAGGUGAAGGGGAGCUUGGGGAAAGUUCACCCGGAAGGUUCCAAUAGGUGCAUGCACCUUAAAAGUGGUGACCCUCCCAUCUGUUCUAUAGAUCCUGCUACAGGAUAUGCUUUAGUAGGGAUCUGGAUUCCAAGGUGUAAUCUCAGAUUAAUGGGAAAACAUUGGCUCCGUACAAGUGCAAUAUCCUGUUUCAAUAUCCAAUAUCUCACCGAGACCUUUAUUCAAAGACAUUUGUCUUUUACACUUCUCUUACUGUCCUUCUCUCUCCACAGAACACAAGGCAGACAAAGACAGUCUAUACAACUUCUCCAAACUGAAGAAGAGCAGGAAAUGGCUGAAGGUAUUUGCAUUGCUUCAUGAUAGAGUGUGUUAACAUUCAGGGCUGGUUUCCCCAAACACAAAGUUUGUGGACCAAAAUUAUCAUGCUUUUUAGUCCAGAACUAGACUUAAUCUGUGUCCAGGAAACCGGUCUGUAGUGGUAUAUAAGGAAAUAGGGGAUGGAUGGUCAUGGAUGUAUCUGAAUUGUUCUCCCCAUAGAGUAUCCUGUUGAGUGAUGACACCAGUGAGUCAGACACAGAGGACUCUGACUUCAGUCUGUCCAGAGAAGAGCUACAGGAUAUGCUCAGACUGCACCAGUUCACCAGAGAGCACCAGAACAAGUUCCACAACGACAGAGAGGUACACACACGUCUAGACACACACACACACGUCUAGACACACACACACACACACGUCAAGACACACACACACACACGUCUAGACAUACACACAGGCAUGUAUCUGUGUUCGUACACAACUGUUAUUACUUGAUGAAUAGCCACAUGACCACUACUAUAGCCACAUGACCACUACUAUAGUCACAUGACCACUACUAUAGCCACAUGACUACUACUAUAGUCACAUGACCACUACUAUAGCCACAUGACCACUACUAUAGUCACAUGACCACUACUAUAGUCACAUGACCACUACUAUAGUCACAUGACCACUACUAUAGCCACAUGACCACUACUAUAGUCACAUGACCACUACUAUAGUCACAUGACCACUACUAUAGUCACAUGACCACUACUAUAGCCACAUGACCACUACUAUAGUCCACAUGACCACUACUAUAGUCACAUGACCACUACUAUAGUCACAUGACCACUACUAUAGUCCACAUGACCACUACUAUAGCCACAUGACCACUACUAUAGCCACAUGACCACUACUAUAGCCACAUGACCACUACUAUAGCCACAUGACCACUACUAUAGUCACAUGACCACUACUAUAGCCACAUGACCACUACUAUAGCCACAUGACCACUACUAUAGCCACAUGACCACUACUAUAGCCACAUGACCACUACUAUAGCCACAUGACCACUACUAUAGCCACAUGACCACUACUAUAGCCACAUGACCACUACUAUAGCCACAUGACCACUACUAUAGCCACAUGACCACUACUAUAGCCACAUGACCACUACUAUAGCCACAUGACCACUACUAUAGCCACAUGACCACUACUAUAGCCACAUGACCACUACUAUAGCCACAUGACCACUACUAUAGCCACAUGACCACUACUAUAGUCACAUGACCACUACUAUAGCCACAUGACCACUACUAUAGCCACAUGACCACUACUAUAGCCACAUGACCACUACUAUAGCCACAUGACCACUACUAUAGCCACAUGACCACUACUAUAGCCACAUGACCAACACUACCAUUGUGCUCAUUGUGAUAGCAUUGACUGAACAACGAUAACACUAAUAGAGAUCUGUUUUGGCAUGGACGUUGCCAUUGGGGUCAUCCACCGUUUUAUAGUAGUCAACUGGGUGGGGAUUCCAAAUAGGUUGGGAGGGAUCAGCCAAUGAUCAGAGCGUUGUCUUCAAAUUGGUUUGCUUAGUUUGUAAAGUGGCUUUAGGCUUUAUCACCGCCAUCUAGUGGCAACAAUAAAUGAAUGACACACAAUAUGUGGUUCAGGACUCCAGCUCUGCAGGUGGCGGUAAAUCACCAAUAUUAGCGUUACGCUGUUUUCAUACAUCAAAAGAAGGAGAACAUCUACAACUUUAAAAUGGCAAUACCCUAAAUGGCGCUGCCCAUGUUGUCACAGGCACCAUAAUGGCACAGAUACAAACUGGAGAUCUCUAUACAUCUCUAUGGAUGACAGUUUGUAACCUCUUCCCCCCCUCCUCUCCUCAGCUGCAGCAGUAUCAGUACUAUAGCACAGGACUGCUCUCCUCCCAGGACCCCUUCUAUGAACAGCAGCGCCACCUGCUGGGCCCCAAGAAGAAGAAGAUCAAGGAGGAGAAGAAAUUCAAGGGUAAGAAAAAGUUUAAUUGUCUGACAUGUCUGUCUUUGCUUUGUUGAAUGUGUCUUUUUUUUAUGGAUGAUUGUGCCGCAAACCUAUUUUAUUUCUAGAGGGAAUCAUAUAGAUUUCUAAUACUGCUACUAGUGAAUAGGUUCGCUUACCUUCAUGGAGCAUGUUACGUUGGUUUCCAGUCAUUGAUGUAUUCCUCCAUAUUCCCUCCUCCUCUCAGGCAAGCUAAAGAAAGGGAAGAAGAAGAAGAAGAGGGUAGAGGGGGAGUUCUCAGGCGAGGGGCGGCCGUAUGUCACCAAGAUCUUCGCCAAGUUUUCCCAUGAUGCCCCUCUUCCCAUGUUGAAGAAGAAGCACCUGACUGUAGAGCAGCUGAACGCACGACGACGAAAAGUCUGGCUCACCAUCGCCAAGAAGGAGUGCCCCAAGGUACGCUGGGUAGUGUAGUCCGAGAGGCCUACAAGAGUCAGGAUAAUAAUUGUAGGAGUGGGUGUAGGUCUUUGUAAAUCUGUGAGUUGUUGUGAACUGUCCUCAGGGCCCGUAUCCAUAAAGCAUCUCAGAGUAAGAGUGCUGAUCUGGGAUCAGUUUAGCCUUUUAGAUCGUAAUGAAUGAGAUUAUAUGGACAGAUCUUAGAUCUCAGCACUUGCUGCUUUGUGGAUACUGUGGCCCUGACCUCUGAUUUAAAGGAUAUCUGAGAGGGGCUAAAGUUCAUAGUAUAUCCUAUGUAGAGCAUGUGAAUUGGUACGAAGUAAUAUAUUCAUAAUUGCGUAAUCUUUCUUCAGGCAUUCAAGCAAAAAGCAUCAGCCAAGAACUUUGUCCUUACCAAUGCCAAAAAGGUAAAAUGUUUAAGCCUUUCAUGACGUAUUAAAACCUGUUGUCUGUGUGUAUAGUGUGUGUGUGUGUUUGAAAGAGUAUCCCUGUGUAAGUCUCUGUUUUUUUACCAGAGACAAAUCCUGUAUGUGUUUUUUCUAUAUAUGUUACUUCAAACUAAAUGUCUGUGUUCUCUCAAGACUAAACUAUUUUCUUUGUGUAUCUGUUCUCCUCAUCUCCAGCUGGUCCACCAGUGUCUCUGAUCUAAACUCAGUACUGUGUCAUUAAUGUGUAUCUGUUCUCCUCCUCUCCAGCUGGCUCACCAGUGUAUGCGUGAGGUACGUAGGGCAGCCAUUCAAGCCCAGAAGAACUGCAAGGAGACCCUUCCCCGGGCCAGGAGACUGACCAAGGAGAUGACGCUCUACUGGAAGAAAUAUGAGAAGGUGGAGAAGGAGCACAGGAAGAGAGCUGAGAAGGAAGCUCUGGAACAACGCAAGCUGGACGAGGAGAUGAGAGAGGUCAGACUGGAAAAACACACCGUGCUCUACCACAUCAGGACGGGGAGCUACCUUCCUGCAGUAUAACGCUCUGAUGUAACACGCCUGAUUCUACUUGUCACUUGAUUAGCUGAAUCGGGUGUGUUUAUAGUAAUGUUGGAGUAAAAGCCUGCACACCCAGAAGCUGGUCACCCCUCCACCGCGUAAAACAAACGUCGAGUGAUCUCCCUAAAUAAAUUCAGAUUUAAAAAGGGAUCAAAGCGAAUGCCAAAACUCACCACAAUGUCAAGGAUUAACCCUACCUCUCUCUCUCUCUCUCUCUCUCCCUCCCAGGCGAAGCGUCAGCAGCGUAAGCUGAACUUCCUGAUCACCCAGACAGAGCUGUAUGCCCACUUCAUGGGGGGCAAGGGUCCUGGGGAGGACGGAGAGGAGGAAGAGGGGGGACAGGAGGACAUUCUCAACAAGCUGGAUGACACCACCUCUCACAGGCAGAUGGACAUCGGGGGAGGGGUGAUGGUCAACGUUGGACAGGAGGACUACGGUAAUGGUCGCUACUUUAUCAUUCUAAACAUAUUCGGGGUUACUUCAUCUAAAUCUCUCAAUAGCCAAAUCCAAUCAUGAUUGAUUGGAUCUCAAGUGGUUUCCUCCUUUUGUGCUUGAUCGUGAAGAGGUACAUUACUAUUUUAGUGCAAUUAAGUGCAGUUGUAACAGUGUUGAAUUGUUGUCCAUCUCAGAUAGUGAAUACUACAAGUCACAGGCCCUAAGGAACGCUAAAGAGGCCUACGACAUCCACCAGGCCAGAGUAAGUCCCAGCAGUACCUCCAACACCUCAUCAACAUGAGUCCACCCAGAUAGAUAUGUACACUCAACAUGGGAAAAUGAUUCUUAUGCCAGCGUUCUCAAAGCAGACGGUCCACUUUUUCUCCCUCUAGACGCGUCUCUUUGAUGAGGAGGCUAAGGACAGUCGCUGUGCCUCCCUGCACCAGGCCAGUGGGUCAGGGUCAGGAUUCGGGGAGAGCUACAGCCUGUCUAACCCUUCUAUCCAGGCCGGGGAAGACAUCCCCCAGCCAACCAUCUUCAACGGGAAACUGAAGGGCUACCAACUCAAAGGCAUGAACUGGCUGGCUAACCUCUACGAACAGGUGAUGGACACAAGCUUCAAAAUAUCAACUUCUCUUUCUCUUUGUUGGUCGGUUUUUCUCUCUCUCUGACUCUCUCUCUCUCUCUCUGACUCUCUCGCUCUCUCUCGGACUCUCUCUCUCUCUCUCUGACUUCGUCUCUCUCUCUGACUCUCUCUCCCUCUCUCUCUAUCUCUCUCUCUGACUCUCUCUCUCUGACUCUCUCUCUCUCUCUGACUCUCUCUCUCUCUCUCUGAUUCUCUCUCUCUCUCUCUCUCUCUCUCUCUCUCUGACUCUCUCUCUCUCUCUCUCUAUCUCUACUCAUCUCUCUCUCUGAUCUAUCUCUUCUCUCUGCUCCAUCUCUCUCUCUCUAUCUCUGAUUAUCUCUACUCUCUCUAUCUCUCUCUCUACCUCUUGAAUUCUCUUUCUCUCUCUCUCUACUCUCUCUCUCUCUGAUUCUCUCUAUGACUCUCUCUCUACUCUGACUCUCUCUCUCUCUCUGAUUAUCUCUGACGAUCUCUCUCUCUCUUGACUCUCUCUCUCUGACUCUCUCUCUGACUCUCUCCUCUCUCUGAUUCUCUCUCUCUCUCUCUUGAUUCUCUAUCUCCUCUCUCUUGACUCUCUCUCUCUCUCUGACUCUCUCUCUCUCUGACUCUCUCUCUCUCUCUCUGAUUCUCUUCUCUCUCUUCUGAUCUCUCUCUCUCUCUGACAUCUCUCUCUCUCUCUCUCGGACUCUCUCUCUCUCUCUCUCUCGACUUCUCUCUCUCUCUCUGAUUCUCUCUCUCUCUCUUGAUUCUCUCUUUCUGACUCUCUCUCCCCCCCCCACACACACCUGUCAUGCAUCCCAUCACUCUGUCACUUUUCUCAGUAGUGACAUCCCUUCCUGUUCCGUUCUCCCUCUUCAUAGGGUAUCAAUGGUAUCCUAGCAGAUGAGAUGGGUCUGGGGAAGACUGUUCAGAGCAUCGCCCUGCUGGGGCACCUGGCUGAGGUAAGCAGAACACCUCAGUAAAAUACUGGAGCUGUGCUUGGUUUAGUCUGCCUGGUCUCUUCCAAACAUUAGCAUUUGAUUACCUUUGUACUUGGCAUGCAGAAGCCGCAACGUUUCAUUCUAAGGUGUUGUAUUGUUAUAUAUAUAUAUUUACGGGCGAUUGUUGAUGAAUCGUGUGAAUGGGAACAGUCCAGCUGUGUCCGUGGGCCCCAAGGUGUUUUAAAUGAGAGGGGAAAUAUAAUGACAUUUUGGGAAUUUGAGCCCGCUCUGUCCCACAGGAAGACAUGAGUCACAGCUUAGUAUUGCCUGUUUUUCUCUCAAACACACACAUGCACACACACACCUGUUGUGGUGACUGACUGAGUGUGUCCCUGUCCUGUUGUGGUGACUGACUGAGUGUGUCCCUGUCCUGUUGUGGUGACUGACUGAGUGUGUCCCUGUCCUGUUGUGGGCUGAAAAUGAGUGUGUCCGUCCUGCUUUGUGGUGAACUGACUGGGGUGUUCCCUGUCCAUUGGUGAGUGACUGACUGACUGAGUUGUCCUGUCCUGUGUGUGACUGACUGACGAGUGUGUCCCUGUCCUGUUGUAUGACGACUGCUGAGUGUCCUGUUCUGUUGUGGUGACUACUGACUGAGUGUGUCCCUGCCUGUUGUGGUGACUUGACUGAGUGUUGUCCCUGUCCUGUUGUGGUGACUGACUGACUGAGUGUGUCCUGUCCUGGUUGUGGUGACUGACUGACUGAGUGUGUCCCUGUCCUGUUGUGGUGAUGACUGACUGAGUGUGUCCCUGUCCUGUUGUGGUGACUGACUGACUGAGUGUGUCCCUGUCCUGUUGUGAUGACUGACUGAGUGUGUCCCUGUCCUGUUGUGGUGACUGACUGACUGAGUGUGUCCCUGUCCUGUUGUGGUGACUGACUGACUGAGUGUGUCCCUGUCCUGUUGUGGUGACUGACUGACUGAGUGUGUCCCUGUCCUGUUGUGGUGACUGACUGACUGAGUGUCCCUGUCCUGUCCUCUGCAGCGUGACAACAUCUGGGGUCCGUUCCUCAUCAUCUCUCCUGCCUCCACGCUGAAUAACUGGCACCAGGAGUUUACACGCUUUGUCCCCAAAUUCAAGGUGAGACAUCAGGAUCCCACCAUUGCUCUGACAUCUACAGCACAUAUAACAUUAUCUCUCUAUCAGCUGUUCUCAUCUCUCCAUCAGCUGUUCUCGCCAUCAGCUGUUCUCGCCAUCAGCUGUUCUCUCUCUCUCAUCAGUCUCAUCAGCUGUUCUCUCUCCUGUCCAUACAGCUGUUUCUCUCAUCGCUCCCAUCAGCUGUUUCCAUCUCUCCAUCAGCUUUUCUCUCAAUCUCUCCAUCAGCUGUUCUCUCCAUCAGCUGUUCUCUCAUCAGCGCUUCUCCAUCCCUCCAUCAGCUGUUCUGUCUAUCAGCUGUUUCUCUCCCAUCAGCUUUCUCUCAUCAGCUGUUCUCUCACAGUUCUCAUCAUCAGCUUUCUUCAUCGCAUCUCUUUCCAUCAGCUGUUCUUCUCCAUCAGCUUUUCUCUCCAUCAGCUGUUCUCCAUCUCUCCAUCAGCUGUUCUUGCCAUCAGCUGUUCUCUCCAUCCCUCCAUCAGCUGUUUCUCGUCUCUCAUCGCUUUGUUUUCAUCAUCGCUGUUUCCAUCCUCUCAUCAGCUGUUCUCUCUCUAUCAGCUGUUCUCUCAUCUCUCCAUCAGCUGUUCUCUCAUCAGCUUUCUCUCUUCAUCGCUGUUCUCCAUCUCUCAUCAGCUGUUCUAUCUCUCAUCAGCUUUUUCUCACUGUCUCAUCUCUCCAUCAGCUGUUUCUCUCACAGCGUUCUCCAUCCUCCAUCAGCUGUUAUCUCUUCAUCAGCUGUUCUCCACACUUUCCUCUCUCAUCAGCUGUUCUCUCACUCCAUCAGCUGUCUCUGCUCUCUCAUCUCUCCAUCAGCUGUUCCUCAUCUCUCAUCAGCUGUUCUCUACAUCAGCUUUUCUCUCAUCAGCUGUUCUCUCCAUCAGCUGUUCUCCAUCUCUCCAUCAGCUGUUAUGUCUAUCAGCUGUUCUUGCCAUCAGCUGUUCUCUCCAUCCCUCCAUCAGCUGUUCUGUCUAUCAGCUGUUCUCUUCAUCAGCUGUUCUCUACAUCUCUUCAUCAGCUGUUCUCUACAUCAGCUUUUCUUCCAUCAGCUGUUCUCAUCUCUCCAUCAGCUGUUCUCUCCAUCUCUCCAACAGCUGUUCCCUCAUAUCUCCAUCAGCUGUUCUCCAUCUCUCCAACAGCUGUUCCCUCCAUCUCUCCAUCAGCUGUUCUCCCAUCUCUCCAACAGCUGUUCCCUCAUUCUCCACAGCUGUUCCCUCCAUAUCUCCAUCAGCUUCUCAACAGCUGUUCUCUCCAUCUCUCCAACAGCUGUUCCCUCCAUCUCUCCAUCAGCUGUUCCCUCCAUCUCUCCAUCAGCUGUUCCCUCCAUCUCUCCAUCAGCUGUUCUCUCCAUCUCUCCAACAGCUGUUCCCUCCAUCUCUCCAACAGCUGUUCUCUCCAUCUCUCCAACAGCUGUUCCCUCCAUCUCUCCAUCAGCUGUUCUCUCCAUCUCUCUAUCAGCUGUUCUCUCUGUCAGCUGUUCACCCCAUCAGCUGUUCUCCAUCAGCUUUUCUCUCCAUCAGCUGUUCUCUCCAGCUCUCUCCUCUCGUUAAACGAUCUAUUGGUUCUGUCUCUGUGUUAAUUGACUAUGUUAUAUUGUGUGAGGGAAAAUGCAUCUCAGCACCCUGUAUAAUCUGAAGGUGAGAGAACCGGUGGUUGCUUAGAUCCCUGAUUUCCGAUUUUGUCCUUUAGUGGGCAGCAUAGUAUUAUAGGACUUAUGGUAACUAUGAAUCAGAGGCAUGGUAUCUUACAACACACACACACACACACAACCUCCUCCAUAUACACCCUCCUCGUCCAACUUUUCACUGCAAAGCCAUCAUUGUUGGACGUUUUUCAGAAGAAAGUAAAUCAACUGUUUCACCAUGGUGAUGAGGUGUUAACAAACAUCAGAUGAAUAUCAGUUCCUGAGAACGAGCCUGACCCAGCAACAAUGGACACACACACAAUGGAGCCUCAGCCAGUAUUUGUGUUGAGUGAUUCAUUAUGGUCCCGUCACAUAGUUUAACAUAACGUCUCACAUCAACAAUCCAUGGAGUCAGAGUUGAAAUGUUUUCUCACUAAACAAUAACAAAUAAAUUUUUCGAGAAAAAAAAAGUAACUGUGCAAAAUGUUUCUUUCUACUGGAAUAAGUCAGAAGAUUUGUGAGUAUAAAAUGUAAACAUUCUGUUGUUAUAAAAUAACUAUAUUCGAUUAGAAACAACAGUUCUACACAGACUUAGUAUCAAAACUCCUUUAGGUCUGCCUCAAUGAUUACUGGACCUCCUUGAGAAAAUAUAAACUCUGCAGAUUCACAUAUUGUAUUCAUGCAUUUAACCCUGUGUGCUGUUUGUCCCUCAGGUUCUGCCGUACUGGGGUAACCCUCACGACCGCAAGGUGAUCAGGAAGUUCUGGAGCCAGAAAACCCUGUACACCCAGAAUGCUCCGUUCCAUGUGGUCAUCACCAGUUACCAGCUGGUAGUUCAGGAUGUCAAGUACUUCCAGAGGGUCAAGUGGCAGUACAUGGUUCUGGAUGAGGCCCAGGCCCUAAAGAGCAGUACCAGGUAAACCUUAACCCUAAGACCCUACCCCCUGGACACCCAAUAGAUGCUUGGUAAACAACAGGGGUAGACUAUCAGUGAAAAGCCAUUCCCAACAAUGCACAGAGAAAAAAAGAGAUCAUAUAUAUAUAUUUUUGAGAUUGUUGAGGAUUUGUGGGCCUAUGUCAAAUCUUUCCAGCCUCCUGAGGGGGAAGAGGCAUUGUCGUGCCUUCUUCACGACUGUGUCGGUGUGUGGACCAUGAUAAUUCUUUAGUGAUGUGGACAAGGAGAAGCGCUCCACUACAGUCCAGUGGAUGUGGGUGUGCUCGGUCCUCCGUUUCCUGUAGUCCACGAUCAGCUAUUUGUCUUGCUGACAUUGAGGGAGAGGUUUGUGACCUGGCACCACACUGUCUCAUCAUCGUCGGUGAUCAGGCCAACCACAGUCGUGUUGUCAGCAAACUUAAUGAUGGCGUUGGAGUCGUGCGGGGCCACACAGUCGUAGGUGAACAGGGAGUAGAGGAGGGGACUAAGCACACAACCCUGUGGGGCCCCUGUGCUUGAGGGUCAGCAUGACGGAUGUGUUGUUGCCUACCCUCACCACCUGGGGGCGGCCCGUCAAAAAGUCCAGGAUCUCAGUCCCAGGGUCCUGAGCUUAGUGAUGAGCUUGGAGGGGGCUAUGGUGUUGAACGCUGAGUUGUAGUCAAUGAACAGCAUUCUCAUGUAGGUGUUCCUCUUGUCCAGGGGAGAGAAGGUUUGUGUUUAGUGCAAUAGAGAUUGCGUUAUCUGUGGAUCUGUUGGGGCGGUAUGCGAAUUGGAGUGAGUCCAGGGUGUCGGCGUUGACGUGUGCUAUGACCAGCCUUUCAAAGCAUUUCAUGGCUACAGAUGUGAGUGCUAUGGGGCGAUAGUCAUUUAGACAGGUUACCUUGGUGUUCUUGGACACAGGGACUAUGGUGGUCUGCUUGAAACGUUUAGCUAUUACAGACUGGGUCAGGGAGAGGUUGAAAAUGUCAGUCUAGACACUUGCCAGCUGGUCAGCUCAUAUUCUGAGGACACGUCCUGGUCAUCUAUCUAGCCCUGCGGCCUUGUGAAUGUUAUCCUGUUUUAAAGGCUCGCGUCACUGGGCAGCUCGUGGCUGGGUUUCCCUUUGUAAUCCGUGAUAGUUUGCAAGCCCUGCCACAUCCGACGAGCGUCAGAGCUGGCAUAGUAGGAUUCGAUCUUAGUCCUGUAUUAACGUUUUGACUGUCUGAUUGCUCGUCGGCGGUCGUAGCAGGAUUUCUUAUAGGCGUCCGCAUUAGUGUCCCGCUCCUUGAAAGUGGCAGCUCUAGCCUUUAGCUCAACGUGGAUGUUGCCUGUAAUCCAUGGCUUCUGGUUGGGAUGCACUUAUUAAUGAAUCCGGUGACUGAUGUGGGGAAACCCCUCAAUGUUAUCGGAUGAAUCCGGAAUAUAUUCCAGCCUGUGCUAGCGAAACAGUCCUGUAAGCUUAGCAUCCGCUUCAUCGGACCACUUCAGUAUUGAGCAUGUCACUGGUACUUCUUGUUUGAGUUUUUGCUUGUAAGCACGAGUCAGGAGGAUAGAGUUAUGGUCAGAUUUGCCAAAUGGAGGGCGAGGGAGAGCUUUGUGAGUGUCUCUGUGUGUGGAGUAAAGGUGAGUGUUUGGAGUGAAGAUGAGUUUUUUUCGCCUCUAGUUGCCAGGUGACAUGCUGGGAAAAAUGAGGCAAGACAGAUUUCAGUUUCCCUGCAUUAAAAUCACCAGCCACUAGGAGCGCCGCCUCUGGGUUUUCUUGUUUUCUUAUGGCCCUAUACAGCUGGUUGAGUGCGGUCUUAGUGCCAGCAUCGGUUUGUGGUGGUAAAUAGUCGGCUUCCAGUAAUACCGUAUUACCCCGGUAUGGUACAGAAACGGUAUGACGCUAUGAAAAUCUGGAUACCGCCAAACCCUAGUAAAUAGACAGCUAUGAAAAAUAUAGAUGAUAAACUCUCUUGGUAAAUUGUAUGCUGCAAUUUAUCAUGAGGUAUUCUAACACAGGCGAGCAAAACCUAGAGAUUUCCUUAACAUUAGAGAUGCGCACCAGCUGUUGUUGACAGAGAGAGACCUCCCUCCUUAACCAGCUGUUGUUGACAGAGAGAGACACCUCCCUCCUUAACCAGCUGUUGUUGACAGAGAGAGACACCUCCCUCCUUAACCAGCUGUUGUUGACAGAGACGCCUCCCUCCUUAACCAGCUGUUGUUGACGAAGAGAGACACCUCCCUCCUUAACCAGCUGUUGUUGACGAAGAGAGACACCUCCCUCCUUAACCAGCUGUUGUUGACAGAGAGAGACACCUCCCUCCUUAACCAGCUGUUGUUGACAGAGAGAGACCUCCCUCCUUAACCAGCUGUUGUUGACAGAGAGAGACACCUCCCUCCUUAACCAGCUGUUGUUGACAGAGAGAGACACCUCCCUCCUUAACCAGCUGUUGUUGACGAAGAGAGACGCCUCCCUCCUUAACCAGCUGUUGUUGACAGAGAGAGACCUCCCUCCUUAACCAGCUGUUGUUGACAGAGAGAGACCUCCCUCCUUAACCAGCUGUUGUUGACAGAGAGACACCUCCCUCCUUAACCAGCUGUUGUUGACAGAGACACCUCCCUCCUUAACCAGCUGUUGUUGACGAAGAGAGACGCCUCCCUCCUUAACCAGCUGUUGUUGACAGAGAGACACCUCCCUCCUUAACCAGCUGUUGUUGACAGAGAGAGACACCUCCCUCCUUAACCAGCUGUUGUUGACAGAGAGAGACACCUCCCUCCUUAACCAGCUGUUGUUGACAAUGAGAGACACCUCCCUCCUUAACCAGCUGUUGUUGACGAAGAGAGACACCUCCCUCCUUAACCAGCUGUUGUUGACAGAGAGAGACACCUCCCUCCUUAACCAGCUGUUGUUGACAGAGAGAGACACCUCCCUCCUUAACCUUACCCAAAGCUGCCAUUCGGUCUUGACGACAUAGAAAAAGCAGCUAGAUGCAUAUUGUCCUUGUUCAGCCAUGACUCCGAGAAACAUAGGAUAUUAUAGUUCUUCAGGUCCUGUUGAUGGGAUAGUCUGGAACGGAGCUUGUCCAGUUUGUUCUCUUAGUGACUGUACGUUGGCCAAUAGAACGUCCAGUUUGUUCUCUUAGUGAUUGUACGUUGGCCAAUAGAACGUCCAGUUUGUUCUCUUAGUGACUGUACGUUGGCCAAUAGAAUGUCCAGUUUGUUCUCUUAGUGAUUGUACGUUGGCCAAUAGAACGUCCAGUUUGUUCUCUUAGUGAUUGUACGUUGGCCAAUAGAAUGUCCAGUUUGUUCUCUUAGUGACUGUACGUUGGCCAAUAGAACGUCCAGUUUGUUCUCUUAGUGACUGUACGUUGGCCAAUAGAACGUCCAGUUUGUUCUCUUAGUGACUGUACGUUGGCCAAUAGAACGUCCAGUUUGUUGUCUUAGUGAUUGUACGUUGGCCAAUAGAACGGAUGGUAGAGACAGUUACUGCUCGUUUGCCUCUUGAGACGUCUCUUCCUCUUCCUGGUCCGAGGUGAACAGUACAUCCACAGCUGUCGACUCGUCGAAGUACAAAUCUUCAUCCAAAACCAGGUUAGUGAUCGCUGUUCUAAUGUCCAGACGCGGUUGUCGGUCACAGGAAAUGAUGGGAUCAGUGUAUAAACCCCCCGUCCCCCACCAAAUAGCAGAAUUGGUCAGGAGCUCUUAAGAUGGCAGCUAUCGAUCUCUGCAGCGCCAUCUCAGUUCAGUGGGUCCAGUGAGUGUACACGGUUCUGGACGAGGCCCAAGCACUGAAGAGCAGCACCAGCUGGAGAAGUUAUUUCAGUUGUGUCUCAAAUGAUACCCCAUCUAGUGUUUCAAUAAUGAUGUAUAAUGUUUGUAUGGUGUUUGAAUACAUCAUGUAGUCCAUUAAGUUUGGAUGUCUCUGUGUUGACAGUGUUCGAUGGAAGAUCCUGCUGCAGUUCCAGUGUAGAAACAGACUGCUGCUCACUGGAACACCUAUACAGAACACCAUGGCAGAGGUCAGAGGUCAUUCUGUCUGUCUCUCUCUCUCUCUCUUUGUCUCUCUCUCUGUCUGUCUCUCUCUCUGUCUGUUUCUCUCUCUCUCUGUCUGUUUCUCUCUCUCUCUGUCUGUUUCUCUCUCUCUCUGUCUUUCUCUCUCUCUCUGUCUGUUUCUCUCUAUCUUUGUCUGUCUCUCUCUCUGUCUGUCUCUCUCUUUGUCUCUCUCUCUGUCUCUCUCUCUGUCUGUGUCUGUCUCUCUCUCUCUCUCUCUGUCUGUUUCUCUCUCUCUGUCUGUUUCUCUCUCUUUGUCUGUCUCUCUCUGUCUGUUUCUCUCUGUCUGUCUCUCUCUUUGUCUGUCUCUUUCUCUCUUUGUCUGUCUCUCUCUCUCUUUGUCUGUCUCUUCCUCUCCGUCUCUCUGUCUCUUUCUCUCUCCCUCUCUGGAAAAUAAAUAUAGGUCACAUUUACAUUUUAGUCAUUUAGCAGACGCUCUUAUACAGAGCGACUUACAGGAGCAAUUAGGGUUAAGUGCCUUGCUCAAGGGCACAUCAACAGAUUUUUCACCUAGUCUGCUUGGGGAUUAGAACCAGCGACCUUUCGGUUACUGGCACAACGCUCUUAACCACUAAGCUACCUGCCGUCCCGUUGUAUUUACAAUGGUGUUUGUUCUUCACUGGGUGCCCACUUCUUUUCACACAUCUUGCUGCUGUGAUAUUUCACCCAAUAGAUAUGGGAGUUUAUCAAAAUUUGAUUUUUUUUCCAAAUUCUUUGUGGGUCUGUGUAAUCUGAGGGAAAUAUGUGUCUCUAAUAUGGUCAUACAUUUGUCAGGAGGUUAGGAAGUGCAGCUCAGUUUCCACCUCAUUUUGUGGGCAGUGUGCACAUAGCCUGUCUUCUCUUGAGAGCCAGGUCUGCCUACGGCGGCCUUUCUCAAUAGCAAGGCUAUGCUCACUGAGUCUGUACAUAGUCAAAGCUUUCCUUUAAGUUUGGGUCAGUCACAGUGGUCAAGUAUUCCAAAUAGCAUUCUAGUUUGCUCUGUUUUUUUGUUAAUUCUUUCCAAUGUGUCAAGUACUUAUCUUAUUGUUUUCUCCCUCUCUAUAUCUCUUUCUCAGCCUGUCUGUAUGUACUGCAUAGUGCCUUCAGAAAGUAUUCAUACCCCUUGACUUAUUCCACAUUUUGCUGUGUUCCAGCCUGAAUUCAAAAUGGAUUAAAUAGAUUUUUUUUCUCACCCAUCUACACUCAAUACGCCAUAAUGACAACGUCUUUGCUAAUUUAUUUAAUUUACAUAAGUAUUCAAACCCCUAAGUAAAUGCAUGUUAGAAUCACCUUGGUCAGCGAUUACGGCUGUGAGUCUUUCUGGGUAAGUCUCUAAGAGCUUUACACACCUGGAUUGUACAAUAUUUGCACAUUAUUCUUAGAAAAAUUAUUAGAGCUCUGUCAAGUUGGUUGUUGAUCAUUGCUAGGCAACCAUUUUCAAGUUUUGCCAUAGUUUUUCAAGUAAAUCUAAGUCAAAACUGUAACUAGGCCAUUCGGGAACAUUCAAUGUCAUCAUGGUAAGCAACUCCAGUGUAUAUUUGGCUUUGUGUUUUAGGCUAUUGUCCCGCUGAAAGGUGCAUUUAUCUCCCAGUGUCUGUUGGAAAGGAGACUGAACCAGGUUUUCCUCUAGGACUUUGCUUGCCUGUAUUCUUACCUCUAGUCAGUUUUUUUUGUUUGUUUGUUUUUUUAUUCCCUAGUCCUUGCUGAUGACAAGCAUACCCAUAACAUGAUGCAGCCACCACCAUGCAUGAAAAUAUAAAGAGUGGUACUCAAUGAUGUGUUGUGUUGGAUUUGCCCCAAACAUAAUUGUUUGUAUUCAGGACAUAAAGUUAAUUACUUUGACACAUUUUUUUUUACAGUUUUACUGUAGUGCCUUAUUGCAAACAUGAUGCAUGAUUUUAAUUUUUUUUAUUCUGUACAGGCUUACUUUUUGUUUUGUCAUUUAGGUUAGUAUUGUGGAGUAACUACAACGUAGUUGAUCCUUCCUCAGUUUUCUCCUAUCACAGCCAUUAAGAAUUGUUUUAAAGUCACCAUUGGCCUCAUGGUGAAAUCCCUGAGCGAUUUCCUUCCUCUCUGGCAAUUGAGUUAGGAAGGACUUCGCAAUGCUCAAAGGGAUAUUCAAUGUUAGCUUUUUUUUUUAGCCAUCUACCAAUAGGUGCCCUUCUUUGCGAAGCAUUGGAAAACCUCCCUGGUCUUUUUAGUUUAAUCUGUUUGAAAUUCACUGCUCGACUGAGGGACCUUACAGAUAAUUGUAUGUGUGGGGUACAGAGAUGAGGUAGUCAUGAAAAAAUCAUGUUAAACACUAUUAUUGCACAAAGAGUGAGUCCAUGAAACGUGUGACUUUUUAAGCACAUUUUUACUCCUGAACUUACAGUGAGGGAAAAAAGUAUUUGAUGGGCGGCAGGUAGCUUAGUGGUUAAGAGCAUUGUGCCAGUAACCGAAAGGUCGCUGGUUCUAAUCCCCGAGCCGACUAGGUGAAACAUCUGUCGAUGUGCCCUUGAGCAAGGCACUUAACCCUAAUUGCUCAUGUAAGUCGCUCUGGAUAAGAGCGUCUGCUAAAUGACUAAAAAUGUAAAAAAUGUAAAUCCCCUGCUGAUUUUGUACGUUUGCCCACUGACAAAGAAAUGAUCAGUCUAUAAUUUUAAUGCUAGGUUUAUUUGAACAGUGAGAGACAGAAUAACAACAAAAAAAUCCAGAAAAAUGCAUGUCAAAAAUGUUAUAAAUUGAUUUGCAUUUUAAUGAGGGAAAUAAGUAUUUGACCCCUCUGAAAAACAUGACUUAGUACUUGGUGGCAAAACCCUUGUUGGCAAUCACAGAGGUCAGAUGUUUCCACCAGCUUUGCACACAUCUCAGGAGGGAUUUUGUCCCACUCCUCUUUGCAGAUCUUCUCCAAGUCAUUAAGGUUUCGAGGCUGACGUUUGGCAACUCGAACCUUCAGCUCCCUCCACAGAUUUUCUAUGGGAUUAAGGUCUGGAGACUGGCUAGGCCAUUCCAGGACCUUAAUGUGCUUCUUCUUGAGGCACUCCUUUGUUGCCUUGGCCGUGUGUUUUGGGUCAUUGUCAUGCUGGAAUACCCAUCACGACCCAUUUUCAAUGCCCUGGCUGAAGGAAGGAGGUUCUCACCCAAAAUUUGAUGGUACAUGGCCCCGUCCAUCGUCCCUUUGAUGCGGUGAAGUUGUCCUGUCCCCUUAGCAGAAAAACACCCCGAAAGCAUAAUGUUUCCACCUCCAUGUUUGACGUUGGGGAUGGUGUUCUUGGGGUCAUAGGCAGCAUUCCUCCUCCUCCAAACACGGCAAGUUGAGUUGAUGCCAAGGAGCUCGAUUUUGGUCUCAUCUGACCACAACACUUUCACCCAGUUCUCCUCUGAAUCAUUCAGAUGUUCAUUGGCAAACUUCAGAUGGGCCUGUAUAUGUGCUUUCUUGAGCAGGGGGACCUUGCGGGCGCUGCAGGAUUUCAGUCCUUCACGGCGUAGUGUGUUACCAAUUGUUUUCUUGGUGACUAUGGUCCCAGCUGCCUUGAGAUCAUUGACAAGAUCCUCCCGUGUAGUUCUGGGCUAAUUCUUCACCGUUCUCAUGUUCAUUGCAACUCCACGAGGUGAGAUCUUGCAUGGAACCCCAGGCCGAGGGAGAUUGACAGUUAUUUUGUGUUUCUUCCAUUUGCGAAUAAUCGCACCAACUGUUGUCACCUUCUCACCAAGCUGCUUGGCGAUGGUCUUAUAACCCAUUCCAGCCUUGUGUAGGUCUACAAUCUUGUCCCUGACAUCCUUGGAGAGCUCUUUGGUCUUGGCCAUGGUGGAGAGUUUGGAAUCUGAUUGAUUGAUUGCUUCUGUGGACAGGUGUCUUUUAUACAGGUAACAAACUGAGAUUAGGAGCACUCCCUUUAAGAGUGUGCUCCUAAUCUCAGCUCGUUACCUGUAUAAAAGACACCUGGGAGCCAGAAAUCUUUCUGAUUGAGAGGGGGUCAAAUACUUAUUUCCCUCAUUAAAAUGCAAAUAAAUGUAUAACAUUUUUGACAUGCGUUUUUCUGGAUUUUUUGUUGUUAUUUUAUCUCUCACUGUUCAAAUAAACCUACCAUUUAAAAUUAUAGACCAUGAUCAUUUCUUUGUCAGUGGGCAAACGUACAAAAUCAGCAGGGGAUCAAAUACUUUUUUCCCUCACUGUAUUUAGGCUUGCCAUAACAAAUAUAUUGAAUACUUAUUGACUCAAGACAUUUCAGUUUUUACAUUUUUUAUUGAUCAUAAUUUCUAAAAACAUAAUUCCACUUUGACAUUAUGGGGUGUUGUGUCUAGGACAGUGACACAAAAUCUCAAUUUAAUACAUUUUAAAUUCAGGCUGUAACAACAAAAUGUGGAAAAAUAGUCAAGGGGUGUGAAUACUUAUUUAUCUCUCUCCUCUUUCUCUGUUUCUCUUUCUCUCUCUCUCUCUGGUUCUCUCUGUCUGUCUGUCUGUCUGUCUGUCUGGUACUGUAGAGAUGCUGACAGUUAUUAUUUCUUCUCUCAGUUGUGGGCCCUUCUCCAUUUCAUCAUGCCUACGUUGUUUGACUCUCAUGAAGAGUUCAACGAGUGGUUCUCUAAAGACAUCGAGAGCCAUGCAGAGAACAAGUCUGCCAUCGACGAGAGUGAGUACAGUACACAACCUUAUUCUGAGAUUGUUUCAGACUUUUUGUCUUUUUAAUAUCUACUUUAGAAGUACUCUAAUCAUUUAGCCAAGUGUUCCUGUCUGUCUUAUAAAGUGAUUGAUUGAUUUGUAGCUGACCAUUUGUUGUUGUUUAGACCAGAUGAAUGUUUACAUGUUGUUUAGACCAGCUGAACGUGUUUGUUGUUUAGACCAGCUAACUGUUUGUUGUUGUUGUUGUUUAGACCAGCUGACUGUUUGUUGUUGUUUAGACCAGCUGACUGUUUGUUGUUGUUUAGACCAGCUGACUGUUUGUUGUUGUUGUUGUUUAGACCAGCUGACUGUGUUUGUUGUUGUUUAGACCAGCUGACUGUUUUGUUGUUGUUUAGACCAGCUGACUGUUUGUUGUUGUUUAGACCAGCUGACUGUUUGUUGUUGUUGUUGUUUAGACCAGCUGACUGUUUGUUGUUGUUGUUGUUUAGACCAGCUGACUGGUUGUUGUUGUUGUUGUUUAGACCAGCUGACUGUGUUUGUUGUUGUUGUUUAGACCAGCUGACUGGUUGUUGUUGUUGUUGUUGUUUAGACCAGCUGACUGUUUGUUGUUGUUGUUGUUUAGACCAGCUGACUGGUUGUUGUUGUUGUUGUUUAGACCAGCUGACUGUGUUUGUUGUUGUUGUUGUUUAGACCAGCUGACUGUGUUUGUUGUUGUUUAGACCAGCUGACUGUGUUUGUUGUUGUUUAGACCAGCUGACUGUGUUGUUGUUGUUUAGACCAGCUGACUGUUGUUUGUUUGGUUUGUUGUUUUAGACCAGCUGACUGUUUGUUGUUGUUUAGACCACUGACUGUUGUUGUGUUUAGACCAGCUGACUGUUUGUUGUUGUUGUUGUUUAGACCAGCUGACUGUUUGUUGUUGUUGUUUAGACCAGCUGACUGGUUGUUGUUGUUGUUGUUUAGACCAGCUGACUGUGUUGUUGUUUGUUUAGACCAGCUGACUGGUUUGUUGUUGUUGUGUUUAGACCAGCUGACUGUUUGUUUGUUGUUGUUGUUUAGACCAGCUGACUGGUUGUUGUUUGUUAGACACUGACUGUUUGUUGUUGUUGUUUAGACCAGCUGACUUGUGUUGUUGUUGUUAGACCGCUGACUGUUGUUGUUGUUGUGUUUAAGACCAGCUGACUGUUGUUGUUGUUGUUGUUGUUAGACCAGCUGACGUUGUUGUUGUGGGUGGUAGACCCAGCUGACGUGGGUUUUUGUUGUUGUUUAGACCAGCGGACUGUGUUUGUUGUUGUUGUUUAGACCAGCUGACUGUGUUUGUUGUUGUUUAGACCAGCUGACUGUGUUUGUUGUUGUUUAGACCAGCUGACUGUUUGUUGUUGUUGUUGUUGUUUAGACCAGCUGACUGUGUUUGUUGUUGUUUAGACCAGCUGUCCAGGCUCCAUAUGAUCCUGAAACCCUUCAUGUUGAGGAGGAUCAAGAAGGACGUAGAGAACGAGCUCUCUGACAAGGUGACUGACUGACCAAUCACACACACUUUAGAGGUCCCGUCCAAUCAUCCUCACCCCACACCAGAGGCUGUAUCUGUCUGUGCCUCAAUAUUCGACAUUAUUUAUUUAUUCCCUCAGGGAGGCGUCUCUGCUUUCAUCACCCUAGUCCUCUACCCAGAGGUCACUUCGCACCCACAUCUGUCUCUUUCGCUGUCCUCUCCCCCCACUCUCUCCAGCCCCUCACUUUCCGUCUCACUCUCUCUCUAGCCUCUCUCCCACUCCCUCUCCCUCUCCCUCCGCUCCUCCUUCCAUACCUAGACUAGCAGCUGCCAGAUGUUCCCAGAUCGUUUUGACAAGCGUCUGUAUUUCACCUCUUCCUCUGAUGGAUAGUUCUGUGUUUCUGUAUCUAACUAUGUCCUCUCUGACAGAUUGAGAUCCUAACAUACUGCCAGUUGACGUGCAGACAGAGGCUGCUCUACAGAGCUCUGAGGAACAAGAUCUCCAUUGAGGACCUUCUCCAGUCUUCUAUGGGUUCAUCGCAACAGGCUCACAACACUACCUCAUCCCUUAUGAACCUGGUCAUGCAGUUCAGAAAGGUACCAAUGAUCUAGUUAGUAAGUACUAGGGGAGGAUCCCAGUAUCACCAAACUCAUUAGUAUGAGGCAAGGAAACAAAACACGAAGCAGAUUUAACUCCUUCAGGAAAACAGCACUAAUGUUGGAAAACAAACAUCAUUAUGUUGUCAUCAAGGGUCACAUGUAUUUGUUUUCCAAGCUAUAGCACACCGUACAGUGCAUUCGGAAAGUAUUCAGACCCCAUGACUUUUUCCACAUUUUGUUACGUUACAGCCUUAUUCUAAAAUUGGAUUAAAUAAAUACAAAUCCUCAUAAAUCGACACACAAUAACCCAUAAUGACAAAGGGAAAACAGGUUUUGAGAAAUCUUUGCAACUAAAAAACAUAUCUUAUUUACAUAAGUAUUCAGACCCUUUGCUGAGAGACUUGAAAUUGAGCUCAGGUGCAUCCUGUUUCCAUUGAUCAUCCUUGAGAUGUUUCUACAACUUGAUUGGAGUCCACCUUUGGUAAAUUCAAUUGAUUGGACAUGAUUUGGAAAGGCACACACCUGUCUAUAUAAGGUUCCACAGUUGACAGUGCAUGUCAGAUAAAAACCAAGCCAUGAUGUUGAAGGAAUUGUCCGUAGAGCUCCGAGACAGGAUUGUGUUGAGGCACAGAUCUCGGGAAGGGUACCAAAACAUUUCUGCAGCAUUGAAGGUCCUCAAGAACACAUUGGCCUCCAUCAUUCUUAAAUGGAAGAAGUUUGGAACCACCAAGACUCUUCCUAGAGCUGGCCGCCCGGCCAAACUGAGCAAUCAGGGGGGAAGGGCCUUGGUCAGGGAGGUGACCAAGAACCCGAUGGUCACUCUGACAGAGCUCUAGAGUUCCUCUGUGGAGAUGGAAGAAACUUCCAGAAGGACAACCAUCUCUGCAACACUCCACCAAUCAGGCCAUUAUGGUAGAGUGGCCAGACGGAAGCCACUCCUCAGUAAAAGGCACAUGACAACCCGCUUGGAGUUUGCCAAAAGGCACUUAAAGGACUCUCAGACCAUGAGAAACAAGAUUCUCUGGUCUGAUGAAACCAAGAUUGAACUCUUUGGCCUGAAUUGCCAAGUGUCAAGUCUAGGGGAAACCUGGCACCAUUCCUACAGUGAAUAAAUAUAUAAUAAAUAAAUAUAUGCCAUUUAGCAGACGCUUUUAUCCAAAGCGACUUACAGUCAUGUGCGCAUACAUUUUUACGUAUGGGUGGUCCCGGGGAUCGAACCCACUACUCUGGCGUUACAAGCGCCAUGCUCUACCAAUUGAGCUACAGAGGACCACAUGGUGAAGCAUGGUGGUGGCAGCAUCAGACUAGGAGACUAGUCAGGAUCGAGGGAAAGAUGAACGGAGCAAAGUACAGAGAGAUCCUUGAUGAAAACCUGCUCCAGAGAUCUCAGGACCUCAGACUGGGGAGAAGGUUCACCUUCCAACAGGACAUCGACCCUAAGCACACAGCCAAGACAACGCAGGAGUGGCUUCGGGACAAGUCUCUGAAUGUCCUUGAGUGGCCCAGCCAGAGCCCGGACUUGAACCCGAUCGAACAUCUCUGGAGAGACCUGAAAAUGGCUGUGCAUCGACGCUCCCCAUCCAACCUGGCAGAGCUUGAGAGGAUCUGCAGAGAAACUCCCCAAAUACAGGCGUGCCAAGCUUGUAGUGUCAUACCCAAGAAGACUCGAGGCUGUAAUCGCUGCCAAAGGUACUUCAACAAAGUGCUGAGGAAAGGGUCUGAAUACUUAUGUAUACUUAUUUUUAAUACAUUAGCAAGCAUUUCUAAAAAACGUAUUUUGCUUUGUCAUUAUGGGGUAUUGUGUGUAGAUUGAUAAAAACAUAAAAUAAUAAUAAUUUUAGAAUAAGGCUGUAACGUAACAAUGUGGAAAAAGUCAAGGGGUCUGAAUACUUUCCGAAUGCACUGUAUGUUCCAUGCAGCAGGUUUUUAAAGGACCAAAGCGUUUGGUCUGCUUCCUGUUUUCAUCUUUGCCAUGGAAACAAUAUGGCUAUACUGGUAUCAUCACAUCCCUAGUAAUUACUAUAACAGUAAUGAUGUAGCUAGUGUUAUAAACUGGGUGGUUCUAGCCCUGAAUGCUGAUUGGCUGACAGUACUAUAACAGUAAUGAUGUAACUAGUAUUAUAAACUGGGUGGUUCUAGCCCUGAAUGCUGAUUGGCUGACAGUACUAUAACAGUAAUGAUGUAACUAGUAUUAUAAACUGGGUGGUUCUAGCCCUGAAUGCUGAUUGGCUGACAGUACUAUAACAGUAAUGAGGUAAGUAGUAGUUGAACAUUAUUUAGAUAUUAUAUACCCUGUAACAUGGGUAUUCAAAUCUUACUCUGCUAGAUCAAUAGUACUGCUGGUUUUCUGUUCUACCUGAUAAUGAACACCCACCUGGUGUCCCAGGUCUAAAUAGAGAGGAAGAAGUGGAAAGAUUGUAUUUGAGGGCCCUAUAAGGAUAACUACAUACAGCACUGCCUGUCUGACCUGUUGUUAUCUAAACCCGACCAACCAGAGUCUGGCUCCUCUCAAGGUUUCUUCUUCCUGCUCUUUGUGGUUCAGUAUGAUCAGUGUUUUCUCUCUUCCUGGAGGUGUGUAACCACCCGGACCUGUUUGAGCGCCAGGAGACCCGUUCUCCCUUCCACAUGUCCCUGAGACCCUACGUCAUGUCCAAGUUCCUCUACCGCAACGGACUCAUCUCCACACACACACACAGCAGGAACAAGUGAGGAACACAUUCUUAAUAUAUGACUAUGAGAAAUAAGAUCAUAAUGUUUAUUGUUAUUACGACAGACAAUCGCUUCUCUCCUUCUAUCUCGCUGUUCUCAUAUUAUAGUUUUUUAUUGUAAACCCGGACCUGGGGUUUUCCCAAACCCCCCUCCCCCCCAGUCCUUACCCUGUCUGUCCCAAUUUACCCCCCCCGGGUCAUUAAAAAAAAGAAAAAAGUGAUAACCAAAAAAACCCCCAACACCCCGGGGGGUUAAAAAAAUUAAUCACCCCCCGGGUUUUUAUUGGUUUUUUUUUGUUUUUUAUAAAAAAUUUCUUUUUAGGUUUAAAUUUUUUUUGGCAAAACCCCCUUUUUUGUUACAGCCUUAUUAUAAAUUGAUUAAAUAAAACCAAAUCCUCAUAAAGCGACAACAAAAACCCAUAAUGACAAAGGGAAACAGGUUUGAGAACUCUUUGCAAACUAAAAAACAAUCUUAGUACAUAAAAACUAUUAGACCUUUGCUGAGAGACUUGAAAUUGAGCUCAGGUGGCUCCUGUUCCAUGAUCAUCCUUGUUGCGAUUUUCUUACAACUUGAUUGGAGUCCACCUUUGAGUAACUCAAUUGAUUGACAUGAUUUGAAAGGCCCACACCUGUCUAUAUAUAAGGUUCCACAGUUGACAGUGCAUGUCAGACAAAAACCAAGCAUUAUGUCGAAGAUGUCCGUAGAGCUCCGAGACGGGAUUGUGUUGAGGGCACAGAUCUCGGGAAGGGUACCAAAACAUUUCUGCAGCAUUGAAGGUCCUCAAGAACACAGUGGCCUCCAUCAUUCUUAAAUGGAAGAAAGUUUGAACACCAGACUCUUCCUAGAGCUGGCACACGGCCAAACCUGAGCAAUCAGGGAGGUGACCAAGAACCCGAUGGUCACUCUGACGAGCUCUAGGUUCCUUGUGGGAGAUGAGAAACUUCCAGAAGACAACCCAUCUCUGCCAACACUCACCAAUCAGGCCUUCUAGGUUAGAGGUGGCCGGACUGAAGCACUCCUCAGUAAAAGGCCACAUGACACACGCUUGGAGUUUGCCAAAAGGUACUUAAAGGACCUCUCAGAACAUGAGAACAAGAUUCUCUGGUAUGAUGAACCAAGAUUGAACUCUUUGCUGAUUGCCAAGGGUCAAGUUCUAGGGGAAACCUGGCACCAUCCCUACAGUGAUAAAUAUAUAAUAAAUAAAUAUAUGCCAUUUAGCAGACGCUUUUAUCCACCAAAGCGACUAAAGUCCUAGUGCGCAUAAAUUUUUGACGUAUCGAAACCACUACUCUGGCGUUACAAGGCCAUUGCUCUUUUACCCAUUGAGCUACAGAGGACCACCAUGGUGAAGCAUGGUGGGUGGGGCAGCAUCGAAGCAGCAUCGACUACAGGCGGAAUAGUCAGGAUCGAGGGGAACGAUUGAACGGAGCAAAGUACAGAGAGAUCCUGAUUUGAAAACCUGCUCCAGAGAUUCUCCCAGACCUCCGAACUCGUGGAGGAAGUUUCACCUUCCCACAGGACAUCAUCGACCACCCCUAAGCACACAGCACAACAAAAGGAAAACGCAAGGCAGGAGUUAGGCAGCUAGAGUGGAGUGGCUUCGGACAAACAAGUCUCUGAAUGUCCUUGAGGUGGCCCAGCAGACGCCCGCCGGAACUUGAACCCGAUCACAACAUCUCGGGAGGAGUCUGUGAAAAUAGGUGCAGCAACGCUCCCCAUCCAACCUGGACAGAGCUUAGAGGAUCUGCAGAGCAACUCCCCAAACAGGCUGUGCCAAGCUUGGGUCUGCUUCUCGAGCGGAAGAUGGGCGAGAAGAGUGGGUGAGCGGCUAUAAACCAAGAAAACGAAAGAAACGAGCGACUCGAGGCUUGUUGUAAUUUGGGGUGUUGUUUUUAUAGGUUAUAUGUUGUUUUGUGUUAAUCGAUUUUGCCAAAAGGGUACUUCUUACUUCAACUAAGUGCUGAGAGGAUACAAGGGUUGACCCGGGGUCUGAGGUCUGGAAUACUUAUGUAUACGUAAUGUUUUAAUAUCAUUAUGCAAGCAUUUCUAAAAAAAAAACGUAUUUAUUUUGCUUUUUUGUCAUUAUGGGGGAUGGUGUGGAGAUUGAUGAGAGAAUUUUUUUUAUUUUAAUCAAUUUUAGAAUAUAAGGCCUGGUUUGUAAGUAACAAAAUGUGUGAAAAAGAGAAGGGGUAUGAAUACUUUACGAUGCAUGUAUGUUACAUCAGAAGGUUUUAAAGGACCAAAGCGUUUGGUUGCUUCGAGUUUUCUCUUGCCCAUGGAACAAUAUGGGCUAUACUGUAUACACAUCCUAUUCGUAAUUACUAUACAGUUAAUGAUGGUAAACUAGUAUUAUAAACUGGGUGGUUUAGCCCUGAAUGCUGAUGGCUGGACAGGUUACUAUACCGUAAUAUUGUAACUAGUAUUAUAAACGGGUGGUUCUAGCCCGAAUGCUGAGGUGGAUGAACAGAGUACUAUAACAGUAAUGAGUAAUAGUAUUAUAAAACUGGGUGGUUUCUAGCCCUGAAUGUGAUUGGUGACAGUUACUAUAACAUAAUGGAGGUAAGGGUAAGUUAGUAGGUGAAACAUUAUUUAGAUUUAUAUACCCUGUUAACAUGGGUAUUCAAAUCUUACUCUGCUAGACAAUAGUUACUGCUGGUUUUGUUAUACAUGAUAAUGAAACACCCAACCUGGUGUCCCAGGUCUAAAAUAGAGAGGAAGAAGUGGAAAGAUGUAUUUGAGGGCCCUAUAAGGAUAAACCUUACAUACAGCACUGCCUGUAUGAUCCUGUUGUUAUCUAAACCCGACCAACCAGGAGUGGGCUCCUCUCAAAGGUUUCUUCUUCCUGCUCAUUGUGGUUCAGUACUAUGAUCAGGGUUUUCUAUCUUCCUGGAGCGUGUGUAACCACCCGGACCUGUUUGAGCGCCCAGGAGAACCGUUCUCCCUUCACAUGUCCAUGAGACCCUACUACGUCAGUCCACUUCCUUCUACGCAACGGAUCAUCUACACAACACACACACAGCAGGAAAAGUGGGGAACACAUCUUCAUAAUAUGAUGAUCAGAAGACAAGAAGUAAGAUCAUGUAAGGAGUUUAGGUGGUAUUUCGGACAGCCCCGUUCAGAGGGAAUACACCUGUUCGUGCGCGUCUCUCUCGCGCUAGCGCGCGUACCUGCGAGGGAGAGAGAGAGCGCGAGAAGAAAGAGGGCGGACGGGCAGAGACGGAGAGAGAGCGGAAGGUCGCGCAGGAGAGGCGCGCGAGGCUCGAAGGGCGCGCACCGCGCGCGCAGCGUAGACGCGAGAGCGGCGAGGAGAGCGAGCGGCGCGAGCCGAGAGCAGCCGGAUAGACGAGACACGGAGAGUAGCGAUCGGGCUCUCUUCUCGCGAGUUAGAAAGAUCUCACGCGCGCGCGCGCCACGGGCGCGAGGGAGCUCCCUCUCACUCUCUCGCUCUGCACCUGUCUCCUCUUUCUAUCGCGUGCUCUAUCGCUCGGUGAUGCUCUUCUCUUUUAUCUCUGUCUCUCUAGCUCGCUAUCUCUAUCGCUAUGCUCGCUCUCUCUCUCUGCUCUUCUCUCUUUCUCAUUGUCAAUUUCCACAUUUAAGGGUUUAUUGGCAUGGGGAAAGGAAACAUAUGUAACAUUGCCAAGCACGUGAAGUCGAUAGGAAUCAAAGUGAAAAUAAUAAACAGUAAACAUUUACACUCAGAAGUUUCCAAAAUAAUAAAGACAUUUUCCCAAUGUCAUAUUGGUUUAAAUACUAGGGUUGUAACAUGUGCAAAUAGUUAAAGUACAAAAGGGAAAAUAUAUAAACAUUACAAUUGUGUUUGUAUUUACAAUGGUCUCUCUCUCUCUCUCUCUCUCUCUCUCUCUACAGGCGCUCCAGUUAUACUGUCUCCCUUCUCUCCUGAUCACAUCCAGCAGUCCCUCUUCCACAGGAAAGGUAAGUGACCCUUCAUUCUUUCACUUCAGUACAGAGGAAGGAAAGGAGAAAGACGAAGAUUCUUAGACUUGUGUUUAGAGUUAGCCCUCUGCCUCCUUGUCUCAAUGUUUAGAAAGUAGCUCUGCUCCUUGUCUAGUUUAGAAGGUAGCCUCUGACUUCCUUGUAUACAUUUUAGAGGUAGCCCUCUCUGUCUCCUUGUCUAAUGUUUAGUUAGCCUCUGCCUCCUUGUCUAAUGUUUAGAGUUAGCCCUCUGCCUCCUUGUCUAAUGUUUAGAAUUAGCCCUCUGCCUCCUUGUCUAAUGUUUAGAGUUAUCCCUCUGUAGCCAUUGUCUAAUGUUAGAGUUAGCCUAUGCAUCCUUGUCUAAGUUUAGAAGUAGCCCUCUGCCUACUUGUCUAAUGUUUAGAGUUAUACCCUAUCUGUCUCCUUGUCUAAGUUUGAGAGUAGCCUCGCAUACUGUCGAAUGUGUAGAGUUAGCCCUUUCUGCUCCUCGUCUAAUGAUUUAGAGUAGCCAUCUCUGCCUCCUUGUCUAUUGUUUUAGAGUUAGCCCUCUGCCUCCUUGUCUUAAUGUUUAGAGUAAGACCUCGGUCUACUGGUCAAUGUUAGUUAGGGACACUCUGCUUCAUUGUUAAUGUUUAGAGUUAAAGUACUUCGGUCGCUUGUCUAAUGUUUAGAGUUAGUCCUCUCUGUCUACUUGGUCUAAUGUUAGAGUUAGUCCUCUGCCUCUUGGCUUAAGUUUAGAGUUAGUCCUAUGCUCCUUGUCUAAUGUUUAGAGUUAGUCCUCUGCCUCCUUGUCUAAUGUUUAGAGUUAGCCCUCUCUGUCUCCUUGUCUAAUGUUUAGAGUUAGCCCUCUGUCUCCUUGUCUAAUGUUUAGAGUUAGUCCUCUGCCUCCUUGUCUAAUGUUUAGUUAGUCCUCUGUCUCCUUGUCUAAUGUUUAGAGUUAGUCCUCUGCCUCCUUGUCUAAUGUUUAGAGUUAGUCCUCUGCCUCCUUGUCUAAUGUUUAGUUAGCCCUCUCUCUCUCCUUGUCUAAUGUUUAGUUAGCCCUCUCUGCCUCCUUGUCUAAUGUUUAGUUACCCCUCUCUCUCCUUGUCUGAUGUCUAUGUUAAUAAGACUUUCCUCCUCUCCUCAAGGUGAUCAUGAAGGAAGUUGUUUCUCCUUCCUGCGUUUCAUCAAUGUAUCGCCAGCCGAGAUGUCCAACGUCAUGCUGCAAGGCACUGUGGUCAGGUAGGUGUCCAUGGGACACUAGAGCUUGACUACCAGUUAGUCAACAGGGUCUGUGCAUAUUGAUCAACAUCUCAAUGUUCACACAAAUGUUAACAGUUCUAGAGUUAGUAAUGAAAGAUAAUUACCAUAGACUAGACGUGAGGAUUGGGAACGUGGCUUUGAGUGGCGUAAGCACACGUCGGCGAGCCGCAGUAGUACAGAGAGAAGAGGCGCAAUAGUGAGGACGCAGGGAGCGCAGCGCACGGCAGCUCUACGAGAGGACGAGCGGAGAGGAGAAGAAGCGAAAAGAGAGAAAGAGGGAUAGAGAGCAAUACUCUAGACGAGAACGACUAGAGGACAAGAGAGAAGAAGUGCGUAUACGAAACGCCUCGAGCCUAGAACCAGACUCGAGACUUCAAAGACAUAGCUAGUUGACAGAGCGCGUGGGCAUAUAGGGAAGAGGGAGGAUAGAAAGAGUAAGCAAGAUCAUCCUUAUUCUACUCCGCUCACGCCAUUCCGUAUCUCCAAUCUCUCUAUUGCUAUAGCCAUAUCCUCUUCUCUCAUAAAUCUCUCUUUCUCUACUUCUAUCUCUCCAUCUUAUUCUCUAUCUCUCUCUCUCCUAUAUCUCCCAUUGUCACUCUGUCUUCUCUCCUCUUUCAAGGUGGUUAGCUCUUUUUCUGUCCCUGAAGGAAGCAUAUCGGCUCCACCAGAGACGCAUGUGGGGCCUGGAAGAUGGAGGAGGGGAAUGGAGGGAGGAUAGGAGGAGGAGAGGAAGAUGGGAGCGGGAGGCCCAGGAGUCCAUGUCUCUCUCGGGAGGGGUUGAUCUAUUGAUGGAAGACCUAUGCCGUUCCACAACACAAAAACCAGCACAGUGAUACAGGGAGAACAACCGACACUCAGCCUCCAGUCUCUCUCUCCCUCUAUAACUUUCUGCCAGUCAGCCUCCAAUCCUCCCUCUCUACUUUCUGCCAGUCAGCCCCAGUCCUCCUCUCUAUCAUCUAUCUAUAAUUUCUGCAAUCAGCUCACGUCCUCCCUCCUCCCUCUCUACUUCUGCCAGUACAGGCCUAACCAGUCAUCCCUCUCUCCCCUCUCUACUUUCUGCCAGUCACGCCUCCAGUCCUCCCUCUCUCCCUCUCUACUUUCUGCAAGUCAGCCUCCAGUUCCUCCCUCCUCAAUCUCUACUUUCUGCAGUAAGCCUUCCAGUCCUCACUCUCUCCCUCUAUACUUUUCUCCAGUCAGCCCUCAGUCCUUCCCUCUCUCCCUCUCUACUUUAUGCCGUCAGCCCUCCAGUCCUCCCUCUUACUUUAUGCCAGUCAGGCCUCCAGUCCUCCCUCUCUACUUUCUGCCCGUGUCAGCCCUCCAGUCCCUCCCUCUCCCCUCUCUACUUUCUGCAACAGUCAGCCUCCAGUCCUCCCUCUCUUCCUUCUAGUACUUUCUUGACAGUCCAGCCUCCAGUCCUCCCUUCUCCUAACUCUCAACUUUCUGCCAGUCAGCCUCCAGUUCCUCCCUCUCUCCCUCUCUCGCUCUCUAUCUUUCUGCCAGUCACGCCUCCAGUCCUCCCCUCUCCUCCUCCCUCUACUUUCGUGCCAGUCAGCCUCCAGUCUCUCCCUCUCUCCCUCUCUACUUUCUGCCAGUCAGGCCUCCAGUCCUCCCUCUCUUUACUUUCUGCCAGUCAGCCUCCAGUCCUAUCCCUCUCUACUUUCUGCCAGUCAGCCUCCCCAGUCCUCCCUCUCUCCCUCUCCUCCUAUAAUUUCUGCCCAUUCAGCCUCCAGUCCCUUCCUCUCUCCCCUCUCCCUCUCUUACUUUCUGCCAAGUCAGCCUCCAGUUCCUCCCUCUCUCCCUCUCUACUUUCUGCCAGUCAGCCUCCAGUCCUCCCUCUCUACUUUCUGCCAGUCAGCCUCCAGUCCUCCCUCUCUCCCUCUCUACUUUCUGCCAGUCAGCCUCCAGUCCUCCCUCUCUCCCUCUCUACUUUCUGCCAGUCAGCCUCCAGUCCUCCUUCUCUCCCUCUCUACUUUCUGCCAGUCAGCCUCCAGUCCUCCCUCUCUCCCUCUCUACUUUCUGCCAGUCAGCCUCCAGUCCUCCCUCUCUACUUUCUGCCAGUCAGCCUCCAGUCCUCCCUCUCUACUUUCUGCCAGUCAGCCUCCAGUCCUCCCUCUCUCCCUCUCUACUUUCUGCCAGUCAGCCUCCAGUCCUCCCUCUCUCCCUCUCUACUUUCUGCCAUACCAAGGGCCUGUUUAAGCUGGUCCACAUUCUGCCACCUAAAGAACAAGUGGAGAGAGCUUGAAGCAGAAUGUUGCUUCCUCUAGCUUCCCCCGGUCUUCUCUAACAACCUCAGUCUCAUCCUACCUUCCCCAGGCUAAUUCAAACAGUAGCAGACAUAUGUUCACCCUCUUAGGUUUCUCCUCUGGAAUGUCUUCUCUAGAGCAAGGAAGGUAUUGAUCCAGAGAGAGAGAUCUAGAUUUGAGAUUUAAGUCAUUUAGCAGAUGCUCUUAUCCAGAGCGACUUACAGUUAGUGAGUGAAUACAUUUUUCAUACUGGCCCCCGUGGGAAACGAACCCACAACCCUGGCGUUGCAAGCGCCAUGCUCUACCAACUGAGCUACAGACACCUGGAGAACUGCUAUAAACUUUGUGAUCCGACUCUCACCAAGAGUGUUAUCAUUUUUUUUCUACACAAUGCAAAACUGCAAACAGUCAACUGGUUUCCAGGUGGUUUCAUGACUCAGUGUCUAUAUAGCUCAGAUCCAUACUUUGUAGUCUCUCUCUGUGGCCUAACUCUCACUAGCUUGGGUUUGGUCUCUCAAAAACUCUAGCCACAUCACUGCCUAGCCUUGCCAAAUAAUGACUCUAGCCACAUCACUGCCUAGCCUUGCCAAAUAAUGACUCUAGCCACAUCACUGCCUAGCCUUGCCAAAUAAUGACUCUAGCCACAUCACUGCCUAGCCUUGCCAAAUAAUGACUCUAGCCACAUCACUGCCUAGCCUUGCCAAAUAAUGACUCUAGCCACAUCACUGCCUAGCCUUGCCAAAUAAUGACUCUAGCCACAUCACUGCCUAGCCUUGCCAAAUAAUGACUCUAGCCACAUCACUGCCUAGCCUUGCCAAAUAAUGACUCUAGCCACAUCACUGCCUAGCCUUGCCAAAUAAUGACUCUAGCCACAUCACUGCCUAGCCUUGCCAAAUAAUGACUCUAGCCACAUCACUGCCUAGCCUUGCCAAAUAAUGACUCUAGCCACAUCACUGCCUAGCCUUGCCAAAUAAUGAAUCUAGCCACAUCACUGCCUAGCCUUGCCAAAUAAUGACUCUAGCCACAUCACUGCCUAGCCUUGCCAAAUAAUGAAUCUAGCCACAUCACUGCCUAGCCUUGCCAAAUAAUGACUCUAGCCACAUCACUGCCUAGCCUUGCCAAAUAAUGAAUCUAGCCACAUAAAUAUUGACUUGCUGACUGAAGCAGAACCAGAUUUGCAUCCAGGCUCUUACAAGUAUCUGAAUCUUUCUUGACUGACAGAGCUAAGAGGAUUCUGAUCCCACUCAGUCAAUCCUAGAGAGACCCAGACAGUCAGCCACGCCUAGAGAGACCCAGACAGUCAGCCACGCCUAGAGAGACCCAGACAGUCAGCCACGCCUAGAGAGACCCAGACAGUCAGCCACGCCUAGAGAGACCCAGACAGUCAGCCACGCCUAGAGAGACCCAGGACAGUCAGCCACGCCUAGAGAGACCCAGACAGUCAGCAACGCCUAGAGACCAGACAGGCCAAGGCUAGGAACCCAGACAGUCAGCCAAGGCUAGAGAGACCCAGACAGUCAGCCACGCCUAGAGAGACCCAGACAGUCAGCCAAGGCUAGAGAGACCCAGACAGUCAGCCACGCCUAGAGAGACCCAGACAGUCAGCAACGCCUAGAGAGACCCAGACAGUCAGCAACGCCUAGAGAGACCCAGACAGUCAGCCACGCCUAGAGAGACCCAGACAGUCAGCCACGCCUAGAGAGACCCAGACAGUCAGCCAAGGCUAGAGAGACCCAGACAGUCAGCCACGCCUAGAGAGACCCAGACAGUCAGCCACGCCUAGAGAGACCCAGACAGUCAGCCACGCCUAGAGAGACCCAGACAGUCAGCCAAGGCUAGAGAGACCCAGACAGUCAGCCAAGCCUAGAGAGACCCAGACAGUCAGCCAAGGCUAGAGAGACCCAGACAGUCAGCCACGCCUGGAGAGACCCCAGACAGUCAGCCACGCCUGGAGAGACCCAGACCAGUCAGCCACGCCUAGAGAGACCCAGACAGUCAGCCACGCCUAGAGAGACCUAGAGAGACCCAGACAGUCAGCCAAGGCUAGAGAGACCCAGUCAGCCAGCCAAGGCUAGAGAGACCCAGACAGUCAGCCACGCCUAGAGAGACCCAGACAGUUAGCCACGCCUAGAGACCCAGACAGUCAGCCACGCCUAGAGAGACCCAGACAGUCAGCCACGCCUAGAGAGACCCAGACAGUCAGCCACGCCUAGAGAGACCCAGACAGUCAGCCACGCCUAGAGAGACCCAGACAGUCAGCCACGCCUGGAGAGAUCCAGACAGUCAACCAAGGCUAGAGAGACCCAGACAGUCAGCCAAGGCUAGAGAGACCCAGACAGUCAGCCACGCCUAGAGAGACCCAGACAGUCAGCCACGCCUAGAGAGACCCAGACAGUCAACCAAGGCUAGAGAGACCCAGACAGUCAACCAAGGCUAGAGAGACCCAGACAGUCAGCCACGCCUGGAGAGACCCAGACAGUCAGCCACGCCUGGAGAGACCCAGACAGUCAGCCAAGGCUAGAGAGACCCAGACAGUCAGCCACGCCUGGAGAGACCCAGACAGUCAGCCACGCCUGGAGCGACCCAGAGAGUCAGUCACGCCUGGAGAGACCCAGACAGUCAGCCAAGGCUAGAGAGACCCAGACAGUCAACCAAGGCUAGAAAGACCCAGACAGUCAGCCAAGACUAGAGAGACACAGACAGUCAGCCAAGGCUAGAGAGACCCAGACAGUCAGCCACGCCUAGAGAGACCCAGACAGUCAGCUACGCCUAGAGAGACCCAGACAGUCAGCCACGCCUAGAGAGACCCAGACAGUCAGCCAAGGCUAGAGAGACCCAGACAGUCAGUCACGACUGGAGAGACCCAGACAGUCAGCCACGCCUAGAGAGACCCAGACAGUCAGCUACGCCUAGAGAGACCCAGACAGUCAGCCACGCCUAGAGAGACCCAGACAGUCAGCCAAGGCUAGAGAGACCCAGACAGUCAGUCACGACUGGAGAGACCCAGACAGUCAGCCACGCCUGGAGAGACCCAGACAGUCAGCCACGCCUAGAGAAACCCAGACAGUCAGCCACGCCUAGAGAGAUCCAGACAGUCAGCCACGCCUAGAGAGACCCAGACAGUCAGCCAAGGCUAGAGAGACCCAGACAGUCAGCCAAGCCUAGAGACCCAGACAGUCAGCCACGCCUGGAGAGACCCAGACAGUCAGCCAAGCCUAGAGAGACCCAGACAGUCAGCCACGCCUAGAGAGACCCAGACAGUCAGCCACGCCUAGAGAGACCCAGACAGUCAGCCACGCCUGGAGAGACCCAGACAGUCAGCGACGCCUGGAGAGACCCAGACAGUCAGCCAAGGCUAGAGAGACCCAGACAGUCAGCCACGCCUAGAGAGACCCAGACAGCCAGCCAGACAGUCAGCCACGCCUAGAGAGACCCAGACAGCCAGCCACGCCUAGAGAGACCCAGACAGCCAGCCACGCCUAGAGAGACCCAGACAGCCAGCCACGUCUAGAGAGACCCAGACAGUCAGCCAAGGCUAGAGAGACCCAGACAGCCAGCCACGCCUAGAGAGUCCCAGACAGUCAGCCAAGGCUAGAGAGACCCAGACAGUCAGCCACGCCUAGAGAGUCCCAGACAGUCAGCCAAGGCUAGAGAGACCCAGACAGUCAGCCACGCCUAGAGAGACCCAGACAGUCAGCCAAGGCUAGAGAGACCCAGACAGUCAGCCACGCCUAGAGAGUCCCAGACAGUCAGCCAAGGCUAGAGAGACCCAGACAGCCAGCCUACCAGCAGGACAGCCAGACUCUCUGUAAUCCCCUACUAUUUCCCCCUUCUUGGAUCCUGGUCCAUUCCCAUUUGGCACAUGGACACUCUUUCCAAUAUCACUCUAUCCCACUGUGAUGGAUCUUUCCAACAUCACUCUAUCCCACAGUGAUGGAUCUUUCCAACAUCACUCUAUCCCACAGUGAUGGAUCUUUCCAACAUCACUAUCCCACUGUGUGGAUCUUCCAACAAUCACUCUAUCCCACAGUGAUGGAUCUUUCCAACAUCACUCUAUCCCACAGUGAUGGAUCCUUCCAACAUCACUCUAUCCACAGUGAUGGAUCUUUCCAACAUCACUCUAUCCCACAGUGAUGGAUCUUUCCAACAUCACUCUAUCCCACAGUGAUGGAUCUUUCCAACAUCACUCUAUCCCACAGUGAUGGAUCUUUCCAACAUCACUCUAUCCCACUGUGAGAGAUCUUUCCAACAUCACUCUAUCCCACUGUGAUGGAUCUUUCCAACAUCACUCUAUCCCACAGUGAUGGAUCUUUCCAACAUCACUCUAUCCCACAGUGAUGGAUCUUUCCAACAUCACUCUAUCCCACUGUGAUGGAUCUUUCCAACAUCACUCUAUCCCACUGUGAUGGAUCUUUCCAUCAUCACUCUAUCCCACUGUGAUGGAUCUUUCCAUCAUCACUCUAUCCCACUGUGAUGGAUCUUUCCAACAUCACUCUAUCCCACAGUGAUGGAUCUUUCCAACAUCACUCUAUCCCACAGUGAUGGAUCUUUUCCAACAUCACUAUCCCACUGUGAUGGAUCUUUCCAACAUCACUCUAUCCCACAGUGAUGGAUCUUUCCAACAUCACUCUAUCCACAGUGAUGGAUCCUUCCAAUAUCACUCUAUCCCACAGUGAUGGAUCUUUCCAACAUCACUCUAUCCCACAGUGAUGGAUCUUUCCAACAUCACUCUAUCCCACUGUGAUGGAUCUUUCCAACAUCACUCUAUCCCACAGUGAUGGAUCUUUCCAACAUCACUCUAUCCCACAGUGAUGGAUCUUUCCAAUAUCACUCUAUCCCACUGUGAGAGAUACUUUCCAACAUCACUCUAUCCCACAGUGAUGGAUCUUUCCAACAUCACUCUAUCCCACAGUGAUGGAUCUUUCCAACAUCACUCUAUCCCACAGUGAUGGAUCUUUCCAACAUCACUCUAUCCCACUGUGAUGGAUCUUUCCAACAUCAACUCUAUCCCACUGUGAUGGAUCUUUCCAUCAUCACUCUAUCCCACAGUGAUGGAUCUUUCCAACAUCACUCUAUCCCACUGUGAUGGAUCUUUCCAUCAUCACUCUAUCCCACUGUGAUGGAUCUUUCCCUGCAUUUGGAGCUGCUAAGUCUCAACUCUUAGCUGACCACCAGCCCCACCUCACCACUGUGUUACCAUUCAACCCUGGCUAGCCAUGCCUUUACACACGCUAUAGUCUGUUGACACAUAACCACUGGGAUUUCAAACAUUCUGUGGGCUAAAGGAUGUCUUGGCCAAAUGGUGUCAUAUUUGGGGGGUUGGUUACCAAUUACCACAGGUCCCAGGCCCUGGAAUGGAGAGAAGGGUGAUCUGUUGAUGUUCAGAACCCCACCACUAGAUGGCACUGUGGGUCUGCCCAUGUCUUAUUUUACAUGUGGUCUGAUUUUCACUCUUUGUGCUUUUAGUUCAUCCCCCAAACUUGUUUUUGAUAUUAUGUUUCAUUACAGAGAAAAUUGGUUGUCACAUUUUGCAGAGUCAUCACUUGCCGUUGACUACAAUGCGUUAUGAAAAUGUGGGCUAAAGCAUGUUAGAAAACACUGCAAAAUACUCCAACAAAAUACUCCAACAAAAUACUCCAAACAAAAUACUCCAAACCAACUCAUAUUACAUCCAAAUCCUGGUCUGAAUGAUGUCUCUACACUACAUUAUUUUAUUUUGUAUUCUACUGUCCCAUAAUUCAAACAAGGAUUUAUGGCACAGUGGACAUUUCUUUAAAAGGGUUGAGUGCAGAGAGACGACAUUCAGAAUGGGAUCCUGACGUAAUAUGAGUUGGUGUGGAGUGUUUUCUAAUAGCUUUAGACUUAUUUGCACAUUGCAUUAUAGCCAAUGGCAAUUCUCUCUUUAACAAAACAAAAUAUCACAAAAAGGGUGGGGGGGGCUCAACACAGAAAGAGUGAAAAUACAGCCACAUGUAAAAAUGGGUGAACUUCCCCUUUUAACAGCGUUUUGAAUGUUCACUGUGAACAAAACACAUGUUGCAUCACUCUCACUCACACACACACCACACACACACACACACCACACACACACACACACACACACACACACACACACACACUUUGAACGUUGUCAUAUCAUGUUGCCUAAAAACUGCCAAUGGGAAAAAAAGUUAUUAUGUUGGUUUAUAAAUGAUUCCUUGAUCAAUAGGUCAUCUGUUUCUCUCUACUCUUCUCUUUUUUACUCCCCUCCAUGUUUGUCUCUGUUCUCCCAGGACCUGGUGUCACCGUGUCACAGACCGGGCUCUGAUGGGUCACUGUGAUGAUUCUGGUCCAAAGUAGACACUAUGCCAACUCCACCACCCUACGACCAGGCCCUACCCACAACAAACACCCACGUUCUGCUCACCGCUGGGCCAAGGGUGAGUCCCCGGUGCUGUGAGCGAGGAGGUGUGUAGAGGAGAGUGCUGUGUGGGGGUGUGGAAGAGAGAGAAGGUAAAUAAAUAUGUGGUCAAACAGAGGACAAACAGAAACGCAGGAGACGUUUUUAGAGUCACUGUCUCGUUUUAGAGUGCCAGCUGGAAGACAACGAGGGGGUCACCUACACAACACCACACACACAGAGAUAUACACACACAUACACACAUCACACACACACACCACACACAGAACCACAUGUUAGGCAGUAAGGCUGCUCUUGUCGCAUGUUUCCAAAGCAACACAUCUCUCCCCCCGUUACCCUGUCCUCGCGCGACCACCCAAAAUGCUGAACGUCUCUUCUCUCUCUCACACAACACAACACACACACACACACACAACACACAACACACCCCACACACACCACUACACAGAGAGAGCAUGGUCUGAUUCACGAUCAUAGGUCUCCACAUCAAACAAAGAGACCGAGUCCCUCCAUCACGCCUCUUCGUCUCUGCUCUCUCCCUCCAUCAUCUAUUUCUAGUUCUCUCUCCCUUGUUCAUGCCAUCCAUCCCUCUCUUCCCCAUCCCUGAGAAUAACCCAAAACACAGGGGUCAAAACUCAAUGUAGACCCUUCAGUUGUGUACUCAUUCGGGUUAAUUAAGCGCUCCGGACACUAGCAAGAUCAGAAGUAUCCCCUAAUCAAACUCUAAAGAGCUUGUGCCCACCGCUCUUUAGGUUUGAGUUUCCCUCAUGUGGAGGUUGGCAGGAGCAGAGACCCCUGCCGGUGCCAGAUGGCAGCGCACGUACAUUAUUAUACAUCACAGAGAACUAGGGGCCUGUGACCCCGGCCCUGUGACACCGCUGUUGACCCCCGAGUUGACGUGUGUAGCAUAGCCUUGCUCCUUCGGUGCUGAACCCUGGUGUAUAUUUUACCUGCCGAACGCCCUGGUGUGUAUUUUAUCUGCCGAACUCUGGUGUAUUUACCUGCCGAACCAUGGUGCUAUUUUACCCUAGUGAACCCUGGUAUGGAAGGAUAAUACCACUGGGACUGAGGGUUCGCCCUUGUUUAAAUGGCGUUUAAAAGGGCCCGUGGCCCCAAGGACUGGUGUUCCCGAGGUACACCGGUCCAAGGGACGGAUCCCGGGCCCGGGUCCAGGUUGGUCCCCGAAGGGAACAGUGGGGGGAAGGGGCAAGGAGGGGUUUUUUGUUGGAAAGAGGCCAGGGGCCGGGAGGGGUUUCAAAAGGGCACGGAUGGGUCCAAAGGGGCACAGAUGGGCAAAGGGGCCAAUGGUCCAAAAGGGGCACAGGAUGGGCCCCCAGAAGGGCACAGAAUGAGGGGGGCACAGAUGGGUCAGAAGGACAGGAGGGGUCCAGGGGGCCAGGUUUUGGGCCUAAGGCCCCGGAUGGGUCAAGGGCACAGGAUGGGCCCGAGGGUCACAGGAGGGGCCCCAAGGGCACAGAUGGUCCGAAGAGGGCACGUUUGGUCCAAGGGCACAGAUGGUCCAGAAGGGCCAUUUCCAUGGACAAUGGUCCAGGGCACAGGAUGGGCCCAAAGGGGGGGGCACAGGAUGGGUCCAAAAGGGCACAGGAUUGGGCCAGAGGGGGCACAGGAUGGGUCCAAAAGGGGCACAGGAUAAGCAACUGAUCUUAUGAAUCACCCCACAAAAAUUUUGUUAACCCUGUCAUAUUUCCCUUUUUUAACAAUUGGGUGGAUUUUUCGCUUGGAUUCAGAGCCGGACGGGGUUGUGUUGGCCACUUCAGUUGGAAUGAACUUAAUCAAUCAACAUCGAACAACUUAAUCAAAUGAACAUUGGAAAAUCAAUUCAAUUUCUUUUUUUUUAAUUGCUCCUUAGGUAACGGCGGUUCCCAUGGAGCGUUACUGUGACGACCGCAGCGCUGAGUACGAGUUUGGGAGAAACGCUGGCAGGAGGGCAAGGCCGCCAGCGUGCUUCCUGUACGGGUCCCCUUAUCUGGCCUCUGAUUGGAUUCCGCGACACCUUUCUAAACCCACGAUGCCUGGGAGGAUGGCCUCACCCCCGCCACGGCUGGUCCCCAUCAAAUCCAGGUCGGAGACCC